AAUGAUCGUCAAUGUUCCAAUGUUCCACUUCGUUUCUGGACAGAGUUUUGGAUCGAUCGACACAAGCACAAACACUCCUCGAGUCUCUCCGUCGUUUUUCUCACUGUCCUCUCCCCCGUCGUCUUCGAAAAAACGAACCACUUUCACGAAACACUUUCGCGAUUCACGGGGAUUAUUUAACGGGGGUCCGUUAAUCACACGGGCGAUAACAGAUGGACGAUAUCGUGGCGAAUUGGUUGACGAUAUGGAGCGCGGAACCACCACCUCGUCCACUAUCUCGUCUCUCCACUGUCUCGUCCACCGGCUGGUCGAGUCGAAGAAUAGGCCGUUUCAUCGAAUAACUGAUGAUCAUCCGAUGCGUAUACGAUGCCCCUUUUCGACGAUCAUCGUUUUCGUUGCCUUCGUCAUGGUUCUCGUCUCGUCGGGCCGCGCGUUUACACGGCGAAACACCAUCGUAACGUGGAAAAGAGGGGAAAAAUUCGAUCACCGUUCGUUCCUCGAACGAACUCUCGCCGUUGGAAGAAACGAAGAGACUGAGGCGAGCGAGGAAGGAAUAUCGAAAAAGAAGAAAAAACUGCGCGAUUCGACGCCGCGAUCGAUAGAGUCGAUCGGGACGAAAGCGGAGGCGUUUAUUCUCCUCCUUUUUUUCUUUUUUUUUCCUCUUUCUCUCUCUCUCUCUCUCUCUCCCUCUCUCUCUCUCUCUUCUCCUGCUACGGCGUCUCUACUUUGCGUCUCGAGAUCGGAUCGCGAAAACAAAGUUGCGCGUCCCGUGACGCGCGCGUCUUUUCUUCCUCCACACCGUCACUCUCCGUGUCCCGAUACGUUUUCACGUAUCUCCGCUUAUUUCGUUAUCGUGCCUCCGCCUUCACCGCCGCCUCCUGCCGUCUUUUCUCAUCCUCCACCUUCUCCUCCUCCAGAACUACCACCACUAUAUACCGCUACCGCCUCCACCACCUUCGUCCUCCGUCUCUUCUUCUUCCACCUCCAGCUUUCCUCACCCUUCUCCUCGCUCUCGCCGAGUCUCGCCUUCCUUCUUCUUCUUCUCUUUCUCCUCCUCCUCCUCCUCCUCCUCCUCCGCUUCUUCUUCUCCCUUUUUCUUCUUCCUUCUUCCUCCUAAUCCAAACAAUUUCCACCAAUUUCCACCUCGACCACCACCGAAAACUCUUCUCCACCACCACCACCACCACCUCCACUUUCCACCAUCCCAGCCUACUCCUAUCCUCCUCUCGAUUCCUUCUUCGACCCCUCUCUCUUUCUCUCUCUCUAUCAAAGAUGAUCCACGAGCGCGGAUAGAAUAGGAUGCCUCCGCUUCUACGACCGAAUUUUCGGGACGAACUUUCCGGUUCGGUGUCUUGUAUUGGACUGUGCAGAAGUGGCACCUUCCAGUUUCUGAACUUACAUCUUGUCAGGUAAGUGUGAGCUUUACCCGUGUGUCCCCGGGUAUAACGCACGAUACACGGGCGCACGAUUGCGCGUAUGUGUACGCGGCGCGAUCUCAUACACACGCUUUACCGCUCUGCGUGUGCCCGGGGCCCGCCUCCCUCCCCACCACCUGGUCCCGAGCAUAACCUUGUCUCUGUCUCGCCGCCUCGACUCGCGAUCGCCGCCAUACGUGUCCGAUUCCCGUGCCUCUCUCUCUCUCUCUCUUUCUCUGUCUUCGUCGGUCCCAGCGUCGGGCCCUCGUGUGUACGCGCGCGCGUCUACGAGUUUUACCCCCUCGUGUGUACGCGAUCUCGUCUCUCUGUCUCUCUCUGUCUCUGUCUCUUCUCCCUUCUGCUUCCGCCUGCCUCUAUCCCUCCUUCUUCCACCACGGCCGUGGUGGUAGCUAGGCGAUCUCCCUCUCUGCCUGCCACCACUUCUCUUUGCCUAGGUGCGUAAGUGCGUGACUCGGCACGGUGCUGCGGGGACGUUUAACGUUGCGUCGCGUCCCCACCCAAUGCUCUCUCGCGGCCUCGCUUGAUUUUCUUACGGUAGCAGGAAACGAGGAAGAGGAUGACGCGAGGAGGAUGGGGUAGGGAGGAUGGGUUAGUUAGGUGGGGUGGGGGUAGUUGGAGGCAAGGGUGAUUCUUUCGUUGCUUUCGUUCUUCCGGGGGUGGUUGUUGCCUUUGAGCUUGGCUUCUUCUGAUCUCGUUGCAUUCUCGCGGAUUGACCGAUAUUGUUGCUGUUCCUUGACAUAUUCCUUGGUUCUCUUUUUAUCAAAGGCUUCUGUCUUUAUUUCUCGAUGUGUGGAAUUCUGGUUUAAGGGAGGAAGCUGGAUCCCUAAUUUAUGUUCUUCGCAAGCUUGCGAGCGAAGGGAAAGUAAUUGAACGUGUUAUUCGAUUGUUACAAUCUUUAAUUCGUGAUGAGGAUCUUUCUUUCUUUAUUCCUUGGCUCUCGUGAACGAAGGCUUCUGUCUUUAUUUCUCAAUGUAUGGAAUUCUGGUUUAAGGGAGGAAGCUGGAUCCCUAAUUUAUGUUCUUCGCAAGCUUGCGAGCGAAGGGGAAGUAAUUGAACGUGUUAUUCGAUUGUUACAAUCUUUAAUUCGUGAUGAGGAUCUUUCUUUCUUUAUUCCUUGGCUCUCUUUUUAUCGAAGACUUCUUUAUCUCUCAAUGUGUGGAAUUCUGUUUUAGAGGAGGAAGUUGGAUUCCUAAUUUAUGAUUAAUUUAUGUUCUUCAUAAGCUUGCGAGCAAGAAUCGUGAAAGAGAAUUAAUUGAACGUGUUAUUCGAUUGUUUCAAUCUUUAAUUCGUGAUGAGGAUCUUUCUUUCUUUAUUCCUUGGCUCUCUCUUUAUCGAAGAUUUCCGUCUUUAUCUCUCCAUGUGUGGAAUUCUGUUUUAAGGGUGGAAGUUGGAUUCCUAAUUUAUGAUUAAUUUAUGUUCUUUGCAAGCUUGCGAGCGAAGGGGAAGUAAUUGAACAUGUUAUUCGAUUGUUUCAAUCUUUAAUUCGUGAUGAGGAUCUUUCUUUCUUUAUUUCUUGGCUCUCUUUUUAUCGAAGACUUCUAUUUUUAUUUUUCGAUGUGUGGAAUUCUGUUUUGAGGGAGGAAGCUGAAUCCCUAAUUUAUGAUUCAUUUAUGUUCUUCGCAAGGAGAAGUAAUUGAACGUGUUAUUCGAUUGUUUCAAUCUUUAAUUCGUGAUGAGGAUGUUUCUUUAUUCCUCUUCAUGGUAACAGUAUCAGAUAAUUUGGCGAGUGAAAGGAGUUGGAGAAGGACGGGCGACACACGUGGCUGGAUGCGUCACAACACGCAUAUAUUUCGGAUUCUAUCGAAACGGCCCGCUAAUUCGAGCUAACUCUGGAACAAGUACGAUCUUCGGUGCGUGAACGAGCUCUGGGAAACGAGUGGAGAGAUCGUCUCGUCGAAUAAUUCACCGCCAACUACCUCCUCGGGCGUGGAAAAGCACCGAUCUCCAUUACCCCCGAUCUUUUUUCCCCGAUGGAAACUCGAGUCGAAAGUUUCGCUCCAAUGUCACCGGCUAACUAUCUCGAUCAUCUCGGUUAGGUCAAAGACCCGGCGCGUGAAAUGCGGGCGCGUUAUAGUUUUUCUCCUUCUUUUCUUUUUUCUUUUUUUUUCUUUUUUCCCCAGAAUUUUCUCUUUCUCUAAACGAUUUGGAAUUUACGACUACUACUUCGUGUAUCAUUUAAGGUUGACGUUCAAUUCAAAUACAACGACUGGAAUUUAAAUCUACCCAAAGUUUAUUCACUUGGAAAAUUCCUCCAAUCUUUCAUCGCCAACUGAUAGAUGAUACAUGAACUUCUUGUAAUUAAAGUUUCGAUCGAAGACAAGAAGAAGAGAAGAAGAAAGAAUGUCGUUCAAACUUUUCUCCUCAAAGUUCAGAUCAAAAUUCGAAUAUCGAGUAAAACCUCUCUCUCUGCUCGAACAAUGGAGCCACGAGAGUUCAGAAUCCGCCUUGUAUCCCGUUGAAUACGAAUUUUAAUGAAAAAGCGCUUUCAUCGCCGCUGUUGACGUGUCGCCCCGCGAGGAGGAGGACGCCCGUUAACGAUCGAAUUCGCCCGUUUCAGCAGUACCUCGGGCGUGGAAAACGCGGAUCUCCCGCGUUUCUUGCCUCGCCUUUUCUCUCCCCUCUCUCUCUCUCUCCCCCGCGAACUCGGAGUUUCACCGGUCGCACGCGCCAGCCGUAAUUUUAACGAAGCCUCUUGCGGUUCGCAAAUAAGAGAGAUAGUUUCACGACCGGCUCGUCGGAUCGCGCGCCACCAUUUUUCCACCACGCACCGGUGUUUACGCCCAUAACUCGUCGCCGAUCCCAUACUACCAUAUAACGAGACGAUCGAGAGAGCCGGCCGGGAAAAAGGGAAACGACCGGGGAGAGAUGCGGCGAGGGAGGAGGGUGAGAAGAAAAGAAAAGAGAAGAGAAGAAGGGGAGGAAAAAAGAAAUAAAUAAAAGGCACGACGAGGCGCGUUAGGUUAACUGUUAAUCAGGUAAAAAUCUCGAUCCGUUCGAACCAGUUUUGUUAACGAUCCGGUGACACUGUAUUUAUUAGCGGACGAGAUAUCUGGUAUGUGGCGAAAUUCUUUUCUCUCUCUCUCUCUCUCACUUCUUUUUUUUUUAUUUUCGAACAGAAAGCGAGGAUUUCUAAUUAGUAAUGUGGUAGGAUCUUUUGAUCCUUCUUGGUUUGAUUAUUCAGUGAAAGUUAUGCGUCCGUGAGGACGGUAAAAAUAAUUGGCAAUAAAACGAUGGUACGCCGAUGCCUACCGAAUGACAUAAACGAUGGAAUUUUGUUGUUUUAAUGCUUAACGUUCGUUUUUUCUUCUUUCUUUUUCUUUCUUUCUUUCUUUCUUUCUUUUUUUUUUGAGAUAGCUCGAGCUGAGCUCGUUGAACAACGAUUGCAGGGAAUUAAUUCUGGAAAUAAGAUGCGAUGCUUGUAUUUCGCUACAUCGUAUAUGUCUAUAUAUAUAUAUUCUUUUUAACCCUUAGGUUAAGGGUUCUUUUCAUCAACGGAGGAAAUCGUCGCGUUAAAAUAAAAUUUGCAUGGGGUGAAAUUUCACCCGUGACAGAGUUGGAGGGUUUAACGGGGCGAUGACAACUUCCCUUGCCGAAUCUUAACGAUUCAGCAGAGAAUAUGAAAAGGGUUGGUUACAAGUGACACGAUACACCAUAUAUAUAUAUAUAUAUAUAUAUAUAUAUAUAUAUAUAUACAUAUUCUAUCAUCUCCUGUAAUGUCGAUCAAAUUUCUAUAUUGAGACGAACGAGACGUGAAAAAGAAAUAAUAAUUUACAUGGAUUAAAAUAACUCAGGAUUCCUUGCAGAAUUUAUAUAAUAACGAAUCUCUUCGAAAAGAUUUUCGACGAGGUUUGUUAAACGUUUGUUUGGGGGAUUGGAAAUUUGUUUAAUUUCUUUCAUAAAUUACGUAAAAAUGUAUCGAUCGAUCAGGUUCCAUUAACGACACUUCCUGCAUUAAUUAAAUCGUCGGUCGGUUUCUUGUAAAAUUCCACUCGCCUCGAGUGUCCACUUCGCGAUGUUAAUCGCGCCAGUGACAUUUCACGGUAGCGUAUCGCGUAAUGAAAUUUCACGUAUAUACACGUAUUUAUUAACGUCUUAUUAGAUAGAACGUUUCUUUUUUUUCUUCUUCUCUUACUUAUGAUGCGUUCACGUGUUUACCAGAUCGAAAGAAAAAGAAGAAGAAGAAAAGAAAAGAAAAGAAACGAAGCGUGUCAAAGCAGGAUCUGAAAUGUAUUAAACUGUAUUUCCUGUUCGGCGAAAGUGGUUAUCCCGUUACUGACGAAUUAUUUUACGUUGAUUCACCGGUUCACCAAGUAGUAGACGCCGUUACUGAUCAGACGUCGCUCGUCUCGAAUUAUCCCGAAUCGAUCGAACAAAUUUCUUUGUUAUUCCUAUUCGUCCACGCUUUUCCUCGAGAAAUUUUCCUCGAUUCGAAAUCGAACAAUCCCAUCCCUUGAACGACGAUUUCCAUUCGCCACGAUCCGAGGGUAGGCGUGGCGUCGCACGUAUUGCGUACGUAAAUGCACGUACGCGUACGGUGAGAGGGAGGAGGAGGGCGGAGGAUUACACGCGUCGCGAGUUGAAGCGCUUCUUACGAUUUAUCGGCUCUCCUUUCGAAUUCUUGCCGCGCUUCGUAAAAACGACGUCGCGCGUUAUGUCGGGGGCCAGCCAGGCCGCCCGGCUUAUAACCGUGAAUUGUCGUUACGUUUGUCAUUGUCGUUGUAAAUAAAGGGGACCCGGCGGCAAUCGGUAUCUCUCCGACCGCGGCAGAGAUCUACCGCAGAUAUUCCCCGAGUAAACGAGUAUCCCCUCGCCGCGACAAUAAUGUCAGACCUCUUUUAUUAUCACUCAUUCUCUCUCUCUCUCUGAGGGACUCGCAGAGCCGCUAAAUCCUCCCUCCCUCCUUUUUGUCUUCGAAAAUCGUGGUCGUGGCCGAUUUCGAAUCGAGACGAACGGUGUUAUAAAUAAAAUUUCCUCUCCCCUUUGUCGAUACCUUUCUUCUUUUUCUUUUUUGCUCGUCUUCUUCUUCGCUUGGCCAACUUCCCGGAUCGAUCUAAAAGGCUCAAAUGAGGCUUCUUCUUUCCCACUUUUUUUUUUCUUUUAUCUUUGCCAAGAUGUUUCGCGUCGGAACGUGUAAACAAAUAAAUCUUCCUCUCCUCAUCUUCACGCAUCGAUCAUUCUUAUUCCUCGAUCGUUCGAAGUUUGAAUCCAUGAAACGGGAAAGGGAACGAGUUUUUUCUUUGAAUUAGAAUAAUUUUCGGAUCGAUGAAACUCGAUCAAAGGUGGAGGGAGAUUUUCGUCGCAUCCCUUUUUCUUCCUCCGCCACUUCGUUCGUGGUUCACGUUCCGGGAGAAUGGAAAGAGAGAGAGAGAGAGAGGGAAAAGGAAGUUUCGUUUGGGACGUGGGCCGAAUUUAAAUGGCCCACUUGGUCGGUCUGCCUCUUUGCUCUCCUUUUCGGAACAGAUUAAGAUAAUAAAAUGGAGUUUUCGACUGGAAUCUUAGUUUGGACGAGUUAGGAGAAGGAAAAAGAGAGGGAGAAUCGAGUAUGUACAAGUUGAAUAUAUAUAUAUAUAAAUAUAAAUAGAAUAUUUUAUAUAUUUUAACAUAUUACAAACUUGUUGAAAUUCCAUCAAAAAUUAAACCACUUCUCCAUUUCUUUUCGCACGCAUCAUUUGCAUACUUUUAUUAUAUACGAUAAGAGUAUGCAAGUUGUAUAAUGCCUUACUAAUUAUCGUGUUUACGUCCAAAACCCUCUUUUUCCCUCCUUAUUAAAAAUGUCUCGUAAAACCAGUAGCAACAAACUCUUCCAAACCGCUCAAUUUUCCCUCGAGUUGAAAAUCCGGAAAGCAUUAAUGGAUUGAAUAACUCGUAUCACGCAUACAUUUAUUACGCGUUCGAUUUAAUUUCACCACCGGCCAGUGUGUGUAUAUAUAUAUAUAUAUAUAUACAUUGAAAGGAAACGAGCCGUGAAAAGGGAGGGAUAAGGAUAAGAAAAAAAAGGAAAAGAAAAAGGAAGAAAGCGAGGAGGGGCGAAGGGAAGGGGAAUCCGACACACCAUCCGACGGUAACCGCGCCGUGUUUACUAAUUGCAACCAAGUUAUGCAAGCAAGUUGUACCCGGUGAAAUUUCGAUCAGGCAACGCGCAAUGUUGCGCAAUUUUUUUUCGGCCAACGAUCCGUGUGUCGUUUUCCGUUCGAAUUCCGUUCGCCUGAGUAGAAAUCAACGUGGAAAAGCGGGAGUCAUAGUUUUUCGAACACGUUUUUCGAUAUCGAUACAGGAAAACGUAGUGGCGUAGAGAGGAAGUUUUUCUCGAGGAAAUUUUUCCGUCUAAAUUUAGAUUCGUGGAUGGAUGCAUUCGUAGAAGAACGUAGAAAUUUCGAACGUAGAUCUCGUAGAUUUCUCGUUUCUCGUCGCUCUCACUACCGGUCGAGUUUCGAGUCAGAAGCGUUGGAUUCUGACAUUUCGCACGUUUUUUCUUCUUUUUUUAUUCUUUAAGGAGAUAAAUCGAUCGAUUUUUCUACGUUCGAGCGCGAAACAUUUUCCUCGCUCGCGAGAUUAUGUUGAAAUUGUUAUCUGUUGCGUACACGUGAUCGAACGCGGGGAGCAAGUAGCGCGGUUAUAACGAUAAGCGCCUCUUUUAUAACGUUUAUUUCUGCCUGCCCUUAUUUAUCGAUUCUCGGAAUUCUCGGGUAACUGUAAACAGGGAUUGGAGCGAGUUGUUUUGAAUCUUAUUCCUUACGUAAACGUAAGAAAAAGGAAGAGAUAACUUAUUGGCAGAGUUUUAAUUAAAUCAAGUAAAUUGAAACAUAUAUUUUAUAUUAACGCACGAUUAAUUUCCAGGAUCGAGAAACGAUUGAAAUAUUCUCAAACUUGCCUCAAUCCCUGGCGAAUCUUUUUAGAGUUACUUUUCUAUCCGCAAAGAGUGAGAAAAGAAAAGAGUGCGGUCAAAUUUCCUUCUCCUCUUCAAUUCCCUCUCCGCUCUAUUCGCAACAACUUAUCAACGCGCUCGCCGUAAUUACUUGUGCCGAUCAUCGUUACGGGGACGAUGAUACCAGCUCGCGUCGUUUCACUUUUACAUUCGCGAUAUAAUCGAGCCAAUAAUUGCAAGCUCGCUCGUGAAACUCGCGUGCAAAUCUCGCCCGUAUCUCUGCGGGGAUAAUUCUCGAGGAAAAACGGGAUGGAAGUGGAUCGUUUCUAUCCCCCCUCCCCCUGGAUUGGAACCGUUUCGAAUACGAACGAAACGGCGGGCCGAUUUAAUCCGAGCGGCAAACGAUUCCGAUCGAAAACGUUCUUUCGACUAUAAACCGUGUCAACGACCGCUCGAAACCCGUCCGCGUUAAAUUGAAAACGAAACGGUCCACACCCACGCGACUCGAUUCCCAUAAUCGACCGGUUGUUUAUUAAUUGAUCCUCCUCGAGACGAGAUCGAGCGAAGGGAAGCGGUUUCAGCUUAAUUCGAGCGGUAAGAGAGAGAGAGAGAGAGGUACGCUCGGUUUUUUUCGUAAUUGUUGUAUCCAAGAGAGAGAGAGAGAGAGAGAGAGGGUGAGAUCAUUGAUUUUAAUGGGGCACGGUCAUCGACGAGCGGCGAGCAUUAAAAACAAAUCGUCUUGGAAACGAUCUCUGAUACUCAUCGGAGUUUGUUCGUGGGGAGACAGAAACCAGUCUAUAACUGGAAGCUAUUACCCUUUUUCAGGGUAGUGGAGAGAGAGAGAGAGAUAUUGGUGGAAAGGAGGUGUGAAUUUAUUUAAACAUCCUCCUCUCUUAUUACGGUUUCGGAUCUAUUGGGGGAGCUACUCUUUAUGCGAUUCGAGUCUGGUUUUUGAUUAGAAGAGAGUAUUAUUCGUUGGUGGAAUUAUUGCCUCGAAUCAGAUGAGAUUUAACAUUUGAGCGGAUGCAUUGAGAUGGGUAGAUGAAAGAUACGCGGUGAUAAAGAUAAGAAUCUAAUGUAUUUUGUUAGGAAGAUAGGUGGAAAAGAUGAAGAGGAAGAUUUGGUUUGAGAAAAAUUGGAUUAGAUUGUUAUGUAACGAAGGAAUUGGAGGUAGCGAAAAUUUCAAUUUGAAAUGUCAAUGGAAAUUGUUUCAAAUUAUCUGAUUAGUAACAAGGAAUUCAAAUCGGUUCUUGAUUCGAAUAUUUGUUUAAAUUUGAGCAGUUUGACUAAUCUCAACGAUAUUUCAAAUAUUUUUAUUUCGAUAUGAGAGAAAUGUGACACGUGAUAUUUCCUGGUAUUCAAUUUUUAAUUUUGAAGCGAAUUAAGUUCAAUUAGAAAAAUAUGACAGUUUCAUAUUGGUCAGCUUAAUCUAAAUUACAGUUUACAGAAUGAACUUUUUAAAAUGAAUAUUCACAAUUCACAAAUUCACAUUUCCCGUGAUUUAAUUCUGUAUUGUAAUUCAUAUAUGUAGAUUUAAAUCUUCACGGAUUAACGAUUCUGGAAUAAUAGAUUUCCUUCUUUUUCAGUUAUUAUCUCAUGGAUCCUUCGCCUAAUUUCAACUGCAUGCAUGAGUUUUUAUCUUAAGGCAAUAAUUAUCGAGUAUACGCUAGGACAAAAUAUUGCACGCAACCAAAUCAGAUUUAGUUGAUCGAUACCCAACCAACUCGGGAUAAACAGAGUGGAUAAGGCCGCUGACCUAUUCCAAUUUAUCCAGAUCCAAACGGUAGUCACACCAAAUCGAAUCGCAUGGGGAUACGCGGUCAUAAUCUCGAAUCGAGUUACGUAUCCAACGUUUGAUAAAAUUGUCCACGUACUCAACACGCCCAUAAUUCAUUCAACACACGGCGACAAGUUCACCCGAGUAAAAUCUCAUUUUCCUCGAUAAUCGGUGGUGCACGGUCCACGGAACAUAUCGAAUCGCGUACGAUCCCUUUACAAUUAGUCGCGCUCAUUAAUAAUCGUUAUCCGGGCAAAUCGUCGAAUUUAUUACACGUCCGCAACUGGGUGUUCGCGUUUAUCGCGUUUUGAAUUAACGUGUUUUCACCCGCGGCAAACUGGUCCUCCCUGUUAUCGGUUCAACAGAGAGAGAAAGAGAGGGAGAGAGAGGCCAAUUGGAAUUAAUAGUAAAACACGAAAUUACUUGGUGCCGCUUCCACCAAGUAUCCAAGAACGAUGCCAUAUAAAUAUUGCGUAAUUACGGUCCACCUACUUCACCGUUACCGUGUUAUCGGUGAUAGCUCCAAGUUUUCGUGUACACACACACACAUACGGUAUAUAUAAGCGGUGGCCGAACGAAGCCAGAGAUAAAUUUCACCCACGUAUCGACGAUGAUAUCGAAUUAUUCAAUGUAUCUCGCUACCUCGCUACCGUGGUGAUUUAGAACCGUAACGAAAAUAGAUAUUCAGGCGAUCGAAAUUGCCGCAGCUGCUAAUUUAUCGAUCGUGGCCCAUAAAUCUGGCGCACGACACCACGAGAUCGAGUUUUUAGACGGUGGUUAUUAAAUUGACGUUAACCGCGCGUUUUCCACGGCGCGGAAGCUGGAAUGUUAUCGAUUUUCGGUGGAAAAAUUUUUAAAAAUGUAGGUCGUGCUCGAUUAUAAUCGACUUAUUCAAAUCUUAUCGGUUUUUGGGGCAAUUUUUAUCAUUUUUCCUGAACGUCGUUAAUUGAUGUCGUUAGCUUUGAUUAUGAUCGCGAUGGGAAAAUGGAUAAUUUCUUUUGGUUUAAUUUUUAAAACGUUCCACACGUAUUAUCGUACGUAUCAUUUUCGUUGAUGAAAGAAGGAUAAUAUUGAAACUUUGAAUUUUAUUUAAUAGCAAGGAACAAAUUAUUCUUCCCUUCCACGUUUCGCCAUAUAAUUGAUACGCGUUUAUAUAUCCCUACCGAGCGAACGAUAGAACGAUUAUUUCAUUGUAUCGGGAAGGAGAAGGGAAGAGAUGGACGCGUUGGCUUAAUUAUCGCAUGCCAGCAGAUCACAGUGUCAUUAAGGCGAAUCUGUUCGCGGAAUGGCGACGAUUAUUGCGGCUCGCUUACGAUCCAUGAACGGCUAUGGAUCUUGCCGAACAUUAAACGUAGAAUGUCCUCAGGGGAAAACGAUCAUUGUCCUGGACGUUAUGCGUUGGGGCGAACGCUCUGUGCGCUCGUUUGUGCGUCCAAUUAAACGUUCCCGCGCGGUGACCGACCACGCAUGCGCGAGUAUCGCGUCCCGCGCUUGCGCGUGCACGAUUCUACUUCACCUCGGGGAUCCAACGUUGAACGGUUAUUAAGAGUGGUUAAUUGUUUUGUUUUGUGAGAAUUAUUGGACAAAAGAUUGUGAAACGUGUGUCUUCGACCCAUCCAGAAACCGUUUUGCACCUGCAGGUUAAGUCGUUCUACGUUUUUUCUUUCUACAUUUUUCACGACUCCAAGACGAAAAGGAGAGUCAACCGAGGAAUUUUCUUAAGCAACGAAAGGUCCCAAUAACAUUUGGCGCUACGAUUGAUCAUACAAAAAGUGAAAAGGAGAAAUGGAAAGGUUACGUUCGAAAACAUCUCUCGCGGACGAAUAAAAUCUUCUCGAUGUUGACAACACCAACGUCUUUGGAGAUUCUUGGAGAUCAAAGGUGUAUUUUAAGGAUAAUUAAUCUGCUUAAAACGAUAAAAGAGAGGAAGAAUCGCACGCGAAAUUUCCACCCAAUCUUCCCUCCCAGUCAGAUAAUCGUUUUUCCUCUUAGUCACCGAGGAUGACCUCGGCCAAAGGGUCCUCUAGGUAUACGGGACUUUCCUACCUGCCUGUCUCGGUUCUCCUCCGCUGCCUUCAUCCUACCUGAGGCGACGUUAUAUUUAUCUCGAGUGGCCGUGCACGUACACAAGCGCACCAACACGCGCGUGAAACGAACGAACACGUGGACAGAGGCGUGGCGUUGGCUUUCGAGGUUGGAUGCAUUUCGGGCCGGAGGAUGCUGCGCCAGAGGUUGAAACGUCGGUCGUGAGGUAGAGAUGCACCUGUCAGGUCGAGGAACACCCCCGUCAGGGCUUUACCUGGCGGAGCGUAAAAAGCCAAAAAACCUUUACCACCUCGGCUCCAAGGGAAAAGAAGAUGGAGAGGGUUUCCUAAUCCAGGGCACCGUAACUUUUUCCCUGCGCAUUCCACUCCGUGAGAAACCGCUCCGCUUUUGAUCCCCGGGUGAUCAACGAAUUUUUAUUCGAUCGAUGUAUCGAUGUAUAGAUUUUUCGAUUUCGCGAUUUCGCUCGAGGAAAAGGAAAGAUUCCUCGAGAAGUUGGAAAUUACGCUUCUAUUUGUCUACUUUUGUUUGGAAACUUUUGUGUCGAGAGGAGAAGUGAUUGGAUAUUUUGAUAAGUUCGAUAUUGAAAUGAGAAACAAUGUACAAUCAAGACGUCGACACAUAAAAGUAUUCGUCUUCUAAAUACAAUAUUGUAGAGAAUUUUAGAUAUGCUUAAGUUUAAGCUUUGUCUGAUAUGGAAAAAGAGGGAUAUUGAGAGAUAUAUGAACUGAUAAUAAUUGCAAAAUGGAAAAUUGUAAAUAGGAUUCACCAAUAAGAUAUUAUUUAUGAUUAAGAAAGAUUGGAUUUGAUCCUCGAACCAACGAUAUUUUUAUUCGAUCGAUAUCGAUACGAUUUUUCCACUCGCAACAAAGAAACUACGAUGAAUAUUUUGAUUAACUGUGAUAUUAAAAUGAGAAACAGUUAUAUCGACUGACAAAAAUACGUGUCUUUUAGAUACCUCUAAAAAGAAAUCUCGAAAAAUGUUAAAAAUCGUGAAUUUGUGUUUGAAAUUGUGAUAAUAAAAAAAAAAAGGAAAAGGUUCGAAUUAAUUUCUCGAAUUUAAUCUGGCUGUGAUUUCGGUGGGUGGUCUAAAACACUGAUCGUCGUCCCAUUGAGAUGGACUUAGCCUGUUUAGCCUUAAGCGUAGAUUUGUAUCAGUUUCGUGAGGGAUGGUUGAGAGCGUGUUUAGAGAGGCGUAUAUUUUCCAACCUGCCACCAAGUGAACUGUGAAGAACGUGCCUUGGCAGUGAUUUACAUUUAUUCCUUUUGAUAUAAAUUCUUAUCAAAAAAAAAAAAAAAAAAAGAAUGUCUUGCAUUAC